CUACUGGAGUCGAGAAUAACCACCAGCACGAACCAGAGUCUACAGUCCAUAGACAGAAGGCAGUGGUGUCUGAUAUCUGCUUUCAGACAGGCAUGUCAAGCCUCAUGGACUUUAGCACACCAGACACCUCGGACAAAGGUAAGGCACACUCAUGCAUGCACUGGUAAAAUGCAGAGCUAAGCAUUCCUGUGACAUCCAGCCUUAUCAUACCUCUCAACCCUCCCGUUUUUCCCGGGAUUCUCCCGUAUUUUACCAUUCUAUCCCGCUAUCAUCCCGUUUAAAUAUUUUCCUGUAUUUCUCCCGUAUUUUUAAUCUUUCUAUAAAAAAAAAAAAUCCCACUGGGUGUAAUUGAUAUGUUUGCUACAUUCACCUCCGGUAAAGCAGGCGACAGUAUACAGAACAUUAGCUGUAACAUCUACAAAACUCACUCAAACGGCACCCGCCAAUAAAACAAGUAGAAGAAGAAUAGCGGUCAAAGAAGAACAGCAUGGAGGAACGUGAGAGAGAUGGCGUUGGAGUACCUGCAAAAAAGGCGAAAACUUUGUGCAAGUAUCUUGGUGUGUGUGGACCCCCCAAUUGAGUCAAAACGAAAAGGAAACAUAUUUUAUUUUUUAUUAGUAGUAUUUUUCUAUUUAUGUAUUGUCAUUUAGUUUUAGUUCAUUUAAUUUUUUUUUAUGUUUAACUUGUUAAUACUCUAAAUCCGUCACAACAGGUUGUUUGUUCUUUCACUGUUAAAAUCCAAUUGUCAAUAAUAAAAAAUGAAUAAAUAAAAAAUUGUGUGUGUGUGUGUGUGUGUGUGUGUGUGUGUGUGCAUGAAACAACAUGGAGCCACCAUCUGAGGACUCUUAAAGAAGUGCUGUUCAUUUCAACUAACUCAGAUGUGAAUAAUGCUAUUCUAUUCUUUUCUAGUCACCUCAAUUUUACUAUUCUUUUCAAAUAAAUUAAUUUAUUCAAUUAUAUUCUACUGUAUAUUUUAUUUACCUCAAUGCUCCUAUUCUGUACAAUUCUGUUCUAGUCCUCUGUUUCAUCACCGCAAUUCAUCUACCUCAUUCUAAUCAUGUCAGCUCUUCUGUUCACAUCAACGCUUCUAUUCUAUUCUAUUCUAUUCUAUCAGUCUACUCAAAUAUACUGUAGACUAUUGUCUAUUUUAUUCACUUCAAUUCUAGUUGAAGUUUUGAGAACAACUUCAGGCAAAUGAAAAAUGGGGAAACUAGCUAACAAAUGAAUGACAAUUUCUGAGUUUGUUAAUUUCAUGAGAGUGGUUUGUUCUGAAAUCUUCUCAUAAACACAGUGAAUAUACAACCCUAUUUGAAUGUAGCAUUAGAUCCAUUAAUGAUCAUAGAAGAAAACAGAUCCAGCCAGUGGUUUAUUAUCUCCAUCUUUGCAUUACACAGUUUAAAAUAUUGCUCUAUGUGCUAAACAACAACUACUAUGCAGGCAAACGGUUCAGCACUGAUGGGGAGUGAUGGAGGGAUGAAGACUGAUUCUUUUUUCUGUUUUACUCAUUCGCUGGCCUGGACCAUGUCUCAGUUAAUGGCAUAUGAAUCCAUACUGCUGAGAUUUGGACGCAUUCAUUCUGCAACAGAUAAGUGCUCUCUGCCAAAUCUUCUCAGAUAUCCAUAUGAGCAUUUGACUCACAAAGACUACAAACAAUCUUUCACAUGGUUGUGUAUGUUUACUUGAGGGUUUUGUUAGGAACUGAGAAACCUAAAUGGCUGAUCUCCUGUGCACACACAGAAUGUUAGAACCUCGACACACAACAUUAGAAGCAGGCAGCUCAAUCAAGAGGUGAAUGAAAAGCACUGAUGAGUCAGUAAAAAUUUAAAGCAAUACAGCACUCAAGUGUCUGCAUGGUAUCUGAGGCUGACACAAACCCAUGCAGGGAGCCACGACACAACCCACUGUCAGGUCUGUGAAGGUUUACACACAGAUCUGACCCAUUGUCUGAAGGCAAGUCGCAUGUUUUGCUGUGGGAAGGCUGGAACUGCCACACCUCGGCCUGAUGAAGGGAAAAAAGGGUGAUAGAAUAUGUAAUUCACUUCAUUUACCAAAAAGGACAUAAAAUAUAGGGGGUAUGUCACUGUGUAAUUAGCUGACACGGCUGUCCCCGAUAGAAUGCAUGAAUGUGUAGACAGUGUGAGCUAGAAAGAAAUCAGCCCGACCUUACUUAUUCAUACCAUUUUGUGUGUUUUUCUUAAGAACGUUGUAGGGCUACUGGGCCUAGUUCCACAAAGAUUCAAAUAAUCUGCAAUAAGACAUUGGUUAAACCUAUAUUAAUGUCUUUUUAUCUUUGAAAGACAUAUGCACAAGGACAGGCCAUGGAUGACUGGCUAAGAGUUGUAUUGUUGGUUUCUGGCCAUUAGUUGAAGCAAGUGAUCCUAUGAAAUUAGAUGUACCUGCCUUAUCACCUGAGGAUUCAGAGAGCAAUUUCUCAUUACCCACUGAUGUGUGGAUGGGUGUGUGAGUUUGAACAAUGCUGGGAGAAAUGAAGAAACUUCCCCACACUCUUUCUCCCUCCCUGGCUGCUGGCCUGGGAGGAGUGAGAGAGAGAACAGGUUAUGGAAGCAUGUGGAGGGGGAGGGCAGAACAAACUGCCCGAGGAGACUGCCUGAGUAUGCAUGAGAGAGUGAGAGAGUGCACGCAUGUGAGAGAGAGAGAGACAGAGAGAGAGAGAGAGACUGUGCACAAAGGAACUCCACCCUGGUAACAGGAGGAGCCAGUGCACAGGGCCAUGUGCCGUGUGUGUGUGUGUGUGUGUGUGUGUGUGUUUGUGUAUGAAGUGUGGAGGUCAACUCAAGUUUUCUUGCUAUGAGAAGACAUACCGACGCUAGAUCCCACUGGAGCCAGUGCAGUUGGGGUCAUGAGGUGUGAAAUAGAGGAUGGCAGACCAGGUAAGUGUGUGUGUUUGACAGAAAGAAUGAGACAUAUUGGACUGAGUCACUGAUUCAGACAGGUAUGAUCAGCAUGAUUGUGUGUAUGGCUCUCCAUGUGCACUAGUUUGUGUUUAAUCUGAUUUGUGUGAACUGGUGAACUUUUCGCACUGCACCUGCUUUUAAUGAACAUGUGUUGACAACCUCUCAAACAGGGAUUAGCUUUUAGCUAUAUAUUUCCAGUGUAAGACAACACUUUGUGGCACAGCUGAUGUACUUUUAAUACUGUUCUAACUUUUAACCAUGACAAUUAGCAGGAUGUAAUUGUUUUGUGCUCUUGUGGUUUUGUUUCUGAUCGAUGUAACUCAAGUUGAGGGACAAUGAUUCACUGCUAUGCGUAUGAGCUGUCUGCAGAAUGCUGUAACAUACUGUGAUCUACUGUAAUUAAAGGUACUUUAGGGGUAUUAUGUGACCGCAGUUAAUAGGCCAACAUUGCAGUGGAAAUUUUUUUAAACAAAUCAAGUGAUUGUGCAGAUUUAAUCCACACCAUAAUUCUAGAUUUCUGAAGUAAUGGAAGUGGGGUUGCUGUCUCACAGGACUGGGUCCUGUACAUGAUUGAUUGUCCAUGGUUUAAGAUUGUAGACAAAUGUAUACUUAAAGUAUGUUACUUGUUUUGAGUUAUUUGCUAAAAUAUUUGGAACACCUAUUGAAGGGGUGUCACUUUUUAACUGACUAAUAAAUUGGAUAACCUUUUCUUUCCUUUUGCCAAUUUUUGUGUUUUUGCUAACCACUGAAGACAUUUGAGUUUGAGAUCCAAAAAUGAAUAUGAGACGAAUAUGAGAUCAGAAUUUCAUUUCCUGAUAUUUAUAUCUACAUGUGUUAAACAACUUAGAAGAUGGCACCUUUUGAUUGAACCCACUCAUUUUUCAAGUGAUCAAAAAUAUUGGAACAUGUGACUGACAGGUGUUUCUUGUUGCCCAGAUGUACCGUUACACAUUUUUCUCUUGGUUUCGCCUGUGAAGACCGCAUUUGUUGUAUUUAGCAUUGUACUUUUGUAGAUUUUGUAAUGUAAAUAUUUGUAAAUAUUAUAUACCAUAACAUCAAUACAAUAUCAAAAUUGAUUCAAAAACAUUUGUAACAUACUGAGCAGACCUGGAUGUUUUCAAGGAAAAUGACAAAAUUAGGUAUUAUUUUUGGUAUUGACAUCAGCUUAUCUGCUGUUAUUCAUACGAACAGUUUUGCUACAAUGGCUUAUGACUACAAUUGCUAAGAUUUGCUAAGCUUUUGGACUGCAAUUGCCACGUUUUGCACUCAAGUCUCCAUCAGUGAACAGUUGAUAACUUCAACAAAAUGACUUCAUAUGAAAACUAUAAUGAAUUUCCUGGUUACACAAUUGUACUUUUUGACUAUGUAGUACACAGGUAUAGAAGGGAAUUAUUUAUAAUCAUACUAUUUGGUGUCACCCAGAUGACAAUGGGUGAUAACAUGUAUACUAGUCCCUUCCGAAAGUACUGGGUCAGCAAUGUCAAUUCUUUUGUUUUUGCUAUACACGGAAGAUAUUUGAGUUUGAGGUUAAAAGAUGAAUAUGAGACGAUAGAUCAGAAUUUCAGCUUUCACUUCCUGAUAUUUACAUCUAGAUGUGUUAGACAAGUUACCAUGGGUAACUUGGGUAAUUGUUCUUAGCAACUGCAGUCUUUAGGUUAUCCAAGAACCUUCACAGCCGUCUUUAGGGUAUCCAUUCUUGGUCUUGAUGCAAAUUCUCAUGUGUUAGGUGACUUCAGGUGUGGAGUUUUGUUCUCAGGUCCAGAACGUACUAAACAUACAUCCAUUAUUUGAUAUCUUACAUUAAUAUCACAUUUAUUAUUGCUAGCAUAGAUUAGAUUGUUCUAGAAAUGUCCCUGUUGGGCUGUACUGGUUGAAAGUGUUGGGGCAAGCAGGGCACUGUGUGCUGUUGCAGUAGGCAGAUAUCAUGCCUAGCCUAUACAAAAAAGCAUCCUAUGAACAUAAAAAAACUAAAUGAAUAACUAAUAAACAACUGUGCAUAUCUUAGUAUGUAUAUUUGUGCAUAUAUUUUUCAAAGCUUGAGUUAUGAUGUUUAAACUGCAUAUUUAAUAGAGAGAGCAAGAAUGGCCUUACUGAGCAUGCAGAGAGAGUGUGGUCAUUAAAGUACAAGGCGCCAUGAAUUGCGUGCACACAAUUGUAUUUUCAAGUAUAUAGCAGUGAAACGAGCAUGCAGAGAAACUGUUGCACGUGAGAGCUAGGCCUGUUAUAUAGAAAAAUUUGAAAAUAAUAAAUGAUAGAAAAAUAAAACACUUAAAAUGAAAAGGAGAAACAAAUUCCAAUAGUUGUAAUAAAUUACAGUUUUUUACAUUUUACAGCUGAUAUUAAAAGAUUUAGUACAGAAAUCAUCUGUCUGUCAUGUGGCAGGAACGAACACAAAUUCAGUUAACGGAAGUUUUAUUUAACAUGCUGGCAGACAAAUCCAAAGAGUUAGGAAAAGCAUAAUUGAAUUCAUGUGCAAUAAGGGACUUCCAUGUGCAAUACAAAUUUAUUAUUACUGCCUAUUAUUAAUACUACGAUUAGUGUGCAAUACAUACUAUAUAACUACUGUACUUAAUUACCGUUACCACACUGGACUUAUCAUACUCAACAUUUCCAUUGCACUUCAAUUAACUUCACACCUGAUCUAAACUAUCAUCUUCACUGGUACAGUUCUACAUCAUUAUUUGUAUGUUUACGUAUUCAUUUUUAUAUAUAUACUGUAUAGGUAUAUAUUUAUUUUAUUUUCUUAUUUCUUUCUUUCUUUCUUUCUUUCUUGAGAGCAAUUGUAACAUGGCAAAGCAAUUCCCCCCUGGGAUUAAUAAAGUUCUUUGAAUCUUGAAUCUUGAAAAACAGGCAAUGGUCAGGCAGUCAACAAACAACAUGAACUAGGCAAGACUAUGGGAAAAUAGCAGAAAACCAGAAACUAGAUCAAUACCAGAGAUGUGUGAUAGCAAGAUACAAAAAGGCUUGGUAACAACAGGUAUGGAACACUGAGCCUAUACAUUGCUAUGAACCCAGUGAAGGGUGCGGGUGUGACGACUUGAGAGGCAGGCGGAAUGUCAGCAGAGCUAGGGGCUCGUGUUUAUUGUCACCACACUCUUCAGCACACUUUCCAAAAUUUAACCAAAAAGGGGCAAGCCAAUGAAAAAGUCCCAUAGUUGAGUACCCCGCCAUAUAGUCGGGACUGCCGUUCUUGGGCUUAAUGCAAAUUCUCAUGUAAGGUGACUUCAGGUGUGGAGUUUAAUUCUUAGGUCCAGAAUGUCCUGAAUUCAAUUCAAUUAAAUUUUAUUUGUAUAGCGGUUUUAACAAUGGACAUUACAGAAAUAAAUGGAUUCACAAAAAAUAUAUUGUAAAUAUGUGAAUUUAUCCCUAAUGAGCAAGCCAGAGGCGACGAUGGCAAGGAAAAACUCCCUGAGACGAUAUGAGGAAGAAACCUUGAGAGGAACCAGGCUCAAAAGGGAACCCAACGGAUAGUGCGAUUAUAAAUAAAUCCCUUCUAUUAUUGUGUACUAUAUGGACAAAUAGUGCAAUUGUGCAGCCAGUAAAUUCAUCACAGUUUUUGCAAGAAGUCCGGUUGGUUAAAAUCUAUCCACUGUCCACUGAUGGAGUCCUGAGAAGGUGCUCGUGGCAACUGCAGCCCCAAAGCCACUACAGCAAUCGCAGUCCCAAGCCAUUAUAGUACAGCCUGAAUUCACAUCAUUAUUUCAUAUUCUACAUUAAUGUACACACUAAAGUCGCAGGCCAUCACUAGCGCACAGCUUUUGUCCCAUUUAAGUUCAAGGUUCAUGUACAUGCUCCGUUUAUGUAUGAGUUUGUGUGUGUGCAUGCGUGUCUUGAAAACUUCUCUCCUGCUAGUUACAGGAGUCACUGAAUGCACAAAGAGACACAAAUAAGGAGAAUGGAGGUAAUAAGACACAGGUGAGAAUCAUCACACAUUACCUUCCAGUUCAACCCAGCUCCUCUCCAUCCACAGCUGAUGCUCGACCACGCCCCAGCUGCCACAUACCCCCACCACCCAACUCAGGCCAGGGAGCUGUUCAGCCUGCAGCUGACUCUCCCCGUGAAAGCUAACACUCCUUUACUGAAAGCUUCUGGCUGAUGUACAGCACAGGGGCCCCCAGCCCUCUGUCCAAUGCAUCAGUCUGCAGUACAAAAGGGAGAGAAAAGUCAGGAGAAUUCAACUGCAGGCCCCAACUCAAACUGCUUUUACCUGGCAAAAAGCCCACUCAUACGGCUCUGUCCACUGGAGCAGAUCUGGUGCUCCCUUUUUAGUGAGGUCAGUCAGCGGGUGUGUCCAGCCAGCCCCAGGAACUGCCUCACCCCUUUUUGGCCUUGGGUCUCAAGCAAGCCACAAUCACUGUUGUUUUAUCAAUUUGGGGAUGCACCUGCCCAUGGCCCAAGUGGAAGCCCAGGUACCGUAUUCCAUCUGGCCAGUUGCACACUUCUUUGGAUCUGCUGUGCGUUCCGCUGUCUCAGGGAUCUCAGCUCUCAAAUAUUGUAAAUGCUGCUGCCAAUCAUUACUGUGAAUGAUAAUGUCAUCUGAAAAAGAAGCAUCAUAUGCAUUGUGUGGGCAGAGUGUUCUGUCCAUUAGAUAUUGAAACUUCGCAGGGACUCCAGACAAACCAAACAGAAGGGUGACAAAUUGGUGUAACCCAAUCGGAAUGGAAAAGGUCGUUUUUUUCUUGAUAUAUUGGAGUCAAGGGAAUCUGCAAAUACUGCUUACAGUCCAGUGUCUUUGCCAAUUCAUGAGUUAUUUAGAGCUCAAUGAGGGUAGUAAAAUGAGUACCGUAUCUCCCGGUGCAAAGUCCCAUAGCCGAGUACACCGUCAUACAAUCAGGACUGUCCUUCUUGGGCCUGAUGUAAAUUCUCAUGUGUUAGGUGACUUCAGGUGUGGAGUUUUGUUCUCAGAUCCAGAAUGUACCAAAUUUCGUUUUUGCUGUUAGAACCUCUUGUACUGCAAAUGCCAGAGGUUCGAGACAUUUAUCCCAAUUCUGAGCAUUUUGUGAACGAAAUUACAAAUCAUAUUUUUAAGCAUUUAAUUAAACCGAUUAAACCGUUCGAACACUGGUGCAAAUCGAUUUAAUAAUUUCUACAAUUCUUAAUAAUUCGUACAGUUCACGAAGAGUGCAUGACAUUAAGGAUGUGCCCUGGUUCAUCAGGAUUCUGACUUAGGAGAUUACUCAGAAGAGUGUGUCCACAACAUACAUGCUGAGAUGCUGCAAAGAAGCACUGCUUCUGGAUGUCACGUUGCGUGGUCGACUAUGACUAACACAGAAGUCUUUCGAAUGGGACCUUGAUUAAGGUUAAUGGGUGCAGUGGUGACUUUAGAGCGGAUUUACCAGCUGACAUUUGCAACAUGCUGCACACCACCUGCGUACAUCACUGUGAAUGCCUGGCCAAUAAACAUGAGCCAUUGCAUGGGAUAGUGUUUUAUCUUGUCCUAGAUGCCCGUCAUUGGAUUAUACUGAGCCACCUUGAAUAACAUUUCCUGAUGGUUCUUCAGUACCAAAAAUUGGGAAUAACUGCCACCUCCAUUCUAUGCGUUUGCACUGCGUCAAGCCUUGCACUGAAUCAGCCUUUGGUGGACUAAGGUCUGACUACACCCCAAGUCCACCAUGGCCGUAAUGUGUAAUCUAUUGUAUACUCACUGGGAUGUGGUACGUUCCUGCUUGAUCAGGGGAGGCCUGAGGUGUGUCAAGGAUCUGGAUCAGAAUUCCCAACUCUGUGAGGGAGCACUGAUCCUGGAAAUGCCCAGCAUCCCCCCAGCACCAACAAACCUGCCGGGCUUUGCCCCAGCUCUGGUGGGCUCAGGAUGCUUCCCCUGUGGAGAGAGAGACAGAGCAUUGGAAGAUAGAUUGUUAGAGAGGCAGGGGAGGAAAAGGAAGGUGGAAACCGGGAGCUUGGGGCUUGCAUUUAUUUCAGCACACUUUCCAAAACUCAACCAAAAAUGGGGCAAACUAAUGAAAAAAUUGGCUGUCACUAAAGGUUAGCUGAUGUGUGCUCCUUUUUUCUUGCCUGGGUGUUCUUCCUGUACAGCAUCGACAAACAUCAGGUGAAUAGGUGUGAUCUUUUAUAUGCAGUUGCACUGUGUUUACUGUUUGCAGAUUAUCAUGUGUCUGUGUCAGGAAUGUACAGCUCUCAUCAGAAUACAAAUGGGCAUGCUUGUGGAUCAGUCUAAUGGUAGAAUGGUAAAAUUGUUUAUUAUUGAGCAAUAAACACUGUACUAAAGCAAAAAUCAUGCAAAUCAAUAAUUUAGACAAAACAGGUAAUAUUGUUGGCACCUACACGAAGUUUUACAAGUCCACUUAAUAUUACUGUGUGAAAAAACGGUUACAAAUGCUUCAUAAUAAUUAAAUUAUGAUGUAAAUAUACAAGGCUGGACAAAUCACAAUCCUGGAUGCCCAGGACAAGCAAAAGAUUUGGUAUAUAUUGCAUGUAAAUGCAGCAUCAUAUACGUAACUCUCCUGCUAGCACAAUACAUCACCUCACAGUUAAAAAAUGUCUAGAGAAAAGACGUUAGCCAGGCUUGAAUAAUAUCUUUUACAUGCAGUGAAAAGAAAAGAACACCUGAUCUCAUAGACAAAAUGUUUGCCAGGGUCUUUUUCUUGAAUACAGCAGAAUUAACAACAGAAACUUCACGACAAGCAGUACUAAGUGUGUUAAAAGAACUUGCGUAUGAGGCCUCCUUGGAGCUUUUCAAACAUGCUGCAGCUGCGUGAAUAUGGCCAGAGGAGGCACGAGCUCCCCGACUCCUCCCCUUGCUAUCAGGGGAAGCCCAGCUUGCCAUCCAGCAGCUGCUGUCACAGAAGCAGCUGGAGUAUCCAAAGUGUCAAGAGGGCGGUCCUGCAGCACGUCAGUUGGACACCAGAGGAGCACUGCUGAUGCUUCCAGUCACUGCAGCUCCACGAGGUGGGCCACCCCUUUGUCCAUGCACAGAAGAUGAAGGACUCCUUUCACCCAUGGUUGAUGGUGAGGGAGUGUGAUGCAGAACUUUUGGUACUGGAGCAAUUUCUCAAUCAACUUCUGACAGGAAUGGUUGGAGUGGGUGCAGUGUACACAGCCCACAUCCCUGGAUGAUGCUGUUCAGCUGGUGAAGGAUCGCUUGGCUGUGGUCCCUGGUCCAGGCGUCUCUCUUUUUCCUCACUCUAUCUCUCUUCUCCCUACUUCUCCCCAGUCCCAGCUCUGUGGAACCAAGGUACUGGGGCCCAAAAACCUCCCCAACCUCCCGCUUGAACCCUGUUUUCUCCUACAUUUCCUUGCCCGCCCCCUUUUCCUUCUCCUCAGAUGUCCCCCCAAGCUCCCUCUCUCUCCACAAAGAAUCGUCCUUGCCCACCAGGACUGGGUAAAGCCUGGGCAGAUUUGCAGGUGCGGCAGGGAAGCCAGGCAUUUCCAGGGUCAGCAUUCCCUCAGGGAAGGGGGAACACUAAACAGGAUCCCUGAUGUGCUGCAGGUCUCCCCGAUCAAGCAGGAAUUUACUGCACAUCAGUGAGUAUACAGAGGAGUACACAUCAGGCCUUGGUGGACUCAGGGUGUAACAAAACCACCAUCCAUCAAAGACUGAUUCAAAGCAGGGCAUUGGAAAAUGCAUGAUUGUUAAAAGUGAAGUGUGUGCACAGGGAUGUUGAUGAGUAUCCUCUGGUACCAGUCAUUAUUAAACUUUGGGGGCAAAAGCAUAGAGUAGAGACAGUGGUUAGUCCUCAUCUCACCUGGGUUUCAGGCAUUAGUAAGAGAAAUGUUUGUGGAUGGGUCCUGCAGGAGCAAGGCAUGGUGUGAAAUGUACUCACUGUUGGCUGGGGAGGUUGUGCUGGGACCAUCGAUGUCAGCUCCGGGGAACAAGGGGACACAGUGGGGGGGGGGGGGGGGGCUCUGCCCCUCCACCCUUUGCGAGGAUUCCCCUCAGGGAUUUGCCCUUGGAGCAGUCACGUGACGCGACCCUGAGGCAUGCCUUUGACCAAGUGAGACUCAAUAGGGCCUUUCGCACCACGGGAAACUUUUCAUAGUUCCUGAACUAAUUGUGGAACUACCCACUUUUUGGUGUUUUCGCACCUCCGGAACUGGGUGCGAUUUUAGUACCGGACUGCCUUUUUCAAGAACCAAAUUAGCUCCUACUCCGGAGCAGGGUCUAACCAGCACAACUGGUACUAUCUGUGACGUAAGUAGAUGUUGAUUGGCCAAACGUGUACGAAAACGCCCUCACACGUCAUGAUUUAAAAUGCCGUGUAAACAUACUGUAGUGUCAACUUAUUUCGCAAGUAUGUUUACGUUGUUCUUCUUUGAUUCUUUGAUUCCGUUGUUGAACGCAGAGCAUAAAUGAUGUCGCUGUCAACCGGAUACGUCACUUCCUAGUGCCCACUGUUGGUGCGAAUGCAACCCUUUAAACGGUACUGGGAAAUAGUUCGUGCAAAAUCGCCCAGUACUUUAGUACUGUAAAUUUAGUUCUGGAACUAAAGUGGUGCGAUGCCAUGGCUCUUUGCAACAUCUCGGCAGGCAGCAUUGCAGAGGACCUCUUCCAGGUUAUCUCCUGGUGGGCUGGUCGAAUGGUUUAAUCAAAUGCUUAAAAAUAUGAUUUGUAGGUUUAUUCACAAUGAAAUUGGGAUAAGAGGAUUGAACCCUUGUUGUCUGCAGUACGAGAGGUCCCACAAGCCUCCAUGGGCUUCUCCCCAUUCAAACUAUAUUACGGACAAAAGCUUGUGGCGUCUUAGACAUCAUUAGGCAAAAUUGGAAAAUUACUACAUUCUGGACCUGAGAGCAAAAGGUCACACAGCCAGUUGGAGAAGUCGCUUAUGAGGACAGGCAAACAGACAGAGGUGAUGGACUUCAAAUAUACCAUCUCAAUCUCCUGAAACCGUGGAGAGGGGUGGUUCCUGUGGUUCUGGCAAUGGUGGUUCCUGAGAGGGAGGAGCUGGGAUCAGAGGUAAAUCUAAAAGUUGUGGCCCAAUUCACCCCGGUCCCCUGUGCAGAACACCUCUCACCAUUUCAGAGUGCACAGGUUGCAAAGGGAAUUCUCCUAUGUGUUUUUGCCUCUACCUGGUUGCAUGUAGCUCAUAGAGCACCUCAUCAAGUCUCUUCCAGGUGUGGUGGUACUCAAAAAAUGUGGUUCGGGAUGAACUCACGGCUAUGCUUGGAAUGGAAGUAAUAUAGCAGUCCCACAGUGAUUGAAGCAGCCUGGUGGUCUUGGUGCCCAAGGCCAAUGGGAUGGUCCAUUUUUGUGUGGACUUUAGAAAAGUCAGUGCGGUGUCUAAAUUUGAUGCAUACCCAAUACCCAGCAUGCAUUUUUCAACAAUGGAUUUAUAAAACAGAUAUUGGCAGAUUUCCUUAACUCCAAUAUCUCAAGAAAAAAACUGUCUUUUCCAUUCCAUUUGGGUUACACCAAUUUGUCACCCUUCCGUUUGGUUUGUUUCGAGGCCCAGCAUCAUUUCAACAUCUCAUGGACAGAAUACUCUGCCCUCACAUUGCAUAUGCUGCUGCUUAUUUAGAUGACAUUAUCAUUUACAGUAAUGAUUGGCAGCAGCAUUUACAACAUCUGAAAGCUGUCCUGAGAUCGUAGAGACAGGCAGGACUCACAGCAAAGCAGAAUCUCACAGUAAGAGAGACUAAGUACAGCACAAUCAAAAAGGAGUGUCUGGCCAUUGGCACCCCUUUUACCCUUUGUUCCGAUCAGGCCCCACUCCAGUGGCUCCUCUGCAUAAAUGCCAUUGUGCGGAUCACUCGUUGAUAUCUGGCAUUUAAGCCAUUCAAAUUCAAGGUGGUCCACAGGCUAGGGGUACAUAUGUUGGUGGUCGGUUACCUCUCCUGCCAGGGGGAGUCAGCUGCAGGCCAGAUGUCUCCCCGGCUUGAGUCGGGCGGUGGGGGUAUGUGGCAGUGGCGGGGUUGAGCAUCAGCUGUGGAUGGAGAGGAGGAGGGUCGAGCCAGCAGGUAACACGUGAUGAUUCUCCCUUGCAUCUUAUUACUGCUAGUCUACUUAGGUGUUUUUUUUUUGUGCUUUCAGGAUGGCCAUAAAAAGAGAGAGUGAUACACUUGACGGCAUGUGCAACACACACACACACACCCUAUGGAGCGUGAACUUGACCUUGAACAGGGUGAAAGCCAGUGAUGGCCCCUUUCUUUGUUGGUUUGUCUUUUUUUAUUGAGUUGUUGAAGGUGUGCUGAAAAGCAUGGUGCAAUUAAACGCAAGCCUGGAGUUCUGCUAAAAUCUGUCUCCCAAGUCUUCCUCCAUACCCUUACGCACCUACUGGGGCAUCCAGACAGCAUGCUAUAAUCCAAACUAGAGGUAAUAAUAUCAUAAAAUAGUUUUUCUGCAUCAUGUAGAUAUUGGAUUUCUUAUUUUAGCAAUAUUUUGGGGACAGAUGAAAGCUAUCCUAGUAAUAUCUACAUGAGCUUCAAAUGAAAGACUGGAGUCAAUAUUUACACCAAGGUCUAUUACUGCUGCACAUGAUGCAACUGAAAGGCCAGCUAGUGUUACUAUGUAAUCAGAAAGCUUGCUUCUAGCUGCAUGUGGUCCUAGUAGAAGUAAUUUUGUCUUGUUGGAAUUAAGUAGGCGGAAGUUACUCAGCAUCCAGUGUCCUUUACACAUUCCUCGACAUUAAGCUGGUGUCUCUCAUCUGGCAUUGCUGAAAUAUACAACUGUGUGUCAUCAACACAACAGUGGAAGCUAAUACCAGGUUUAUGAAUAAUUGUAUGCAGAGGUAGCAAAUAUAGAGAAAAGAACAGUGUGCCUAGAACUCUACUUUUCUAUGCAUAGAGCACUCACCAUUUACAUCUCCAAAAUGAUAAUGAUCAGGCAAAUAAGGCCUGAGGCAGGAGAGGGAUGUUCACUUAACUCUAUGGUGUCAAAACCUGCACAAGCAAGGAGACACAACCCUGAUCAGAGGCCAGUAGUAGGUCAUAUACCACUUUAACUAGCACUGUCUCAGUACUGUGAUGAGGCCUAAAUUCUGACUGAUAGAUUUCAUUAAUGUUUUUCCUAUGCAAGUAUGAGCAUAACUGCUAUGCUGCAAACUUUUCUUGGAUCUUGGAGAUAAAGGGGACAUUUGCCUAUAGUUGGACAGCUGGCAAGGAUCAAGAUUGGGUUUUUUUAAUCAGGGCUGUGAUAACUGCUAAUUUAAAUGAUUUAGGUACAUAGCCAGUGCAAAGGAAGAAUUGAUUAUUUAGUAGAAGAGGUUUGUUUGUUUCUGGUAUUAUUUGUUUGAAGAAACAUGUAGGUAAGGGAUCUAAUACACAAGAUGAUGGUUUUGAUAAGGAAAUUAAUGAAAUUAAUUUAAUUAAAUUUCAUUAAAUUAAUUUAUUAAAGGAUUUCCUAAGAUGGCGCACUAAGUAAGGCUGCCUAUGUUAGUGCUUGCAACCCACACUGCAAUUUUUGUGUAUUUUAUCUUGUUUUUUGCACUGUUACUGAGUUAGCCCACAGACAUAUAGACUUUACUCACCACUCUAUCUCCCGUUUUCAUCCUGACCCCGACUGGCCUUUGGAGAUCACUGUGAGCCAGGUAAACAAUAGAUUUACUUACCUGAGACAAUGGCAACGAUGACAAGGAAAAAGAACCGGCAUGAGGAACCGGGUACGAGCCAGGGCACACACCACACCAAUGCCCAGCAUAUUGUUAGCUAAUAUCCAAUCCAUUGACAACAAACUGGAUGACCUUAGAGCCUGGAUACAGUUCCAGCGAGGCUUCUGGGACUGCAAUGCUCUUUGUCUCACCGAGACAUGGCUCACUACACUACUGGGACAUUUGACUACUACAAACAUCGCACCUGGAAGCAGCACUGGUGUUUAUCGGUGACAUUAACAAGGCUAAUUUUAAAAAAAAUCAUGCUGGAUUUUUAUCAACACAUAACCUGCAGUACACAGUUAGAAAGGACACUGGAUCAAUAUUACACAAAACAGAGACUGCUAUUAGGCAAUAAAAACACUGCCACUUGGUAAGUCUGACCAUGCCUGCAUUUUACUGCUCCCAAAAUAUAAUGUGGCGCUGGCCUGAACAAUCACAAGCCACACUACAAGACUCGCUGGAGGACGCAGACUGGGAGAUGUUCCAGCGCAGCUCUGAUGACAUCAGCAAGCUUACAGCAGCGCUGCUUGGUUAUACAGAGUUUCUGUUAGGAGGGACUAUUCCCACAUCUGCAAACUGUUACAGACUACAAACCCAAGCCCCCCACCAUAAAUAAUGGCAGUGCCUCCCUAGCCAAUGACUUGAAUAUCUUCUAUUCACGGUUUGAGUUUACCAGCACCAACACAGACCAGGAAAACCAUUAGUAUGAACCAUCAGGUCUAGCUGGGGAAGAGGAAAGACUGGUCAUUUCAGAGCUGGAUAUGAGGAAAGUGAUGCACAAAAUUAACACCAGAAAAGCAUAUGGCCUGGACAACAUCCCCAGAUGUAUACUAAAAGUCUGUGCUAACAAACUAGCACCAGUCUUUUUCACCAUUUUAACCUCUCCCUCAACCCCACAAGUCCUCCACCAUUAUUCCUGUCCCCAAAACCCCUGUGCCGAAUGACUGCUGUCCUGUAGCACUCACUUAUAUUGUGAUGAAGUGUUUUGAAAAGCUGGUCAGAGCCUACAUCUGCUCCUUCUUCCCCAGCUGCCUAGACCCAUUAAAGUUUGUAUAUCGGUCCUAGAAGCCCACAGAAAACACCAUCAACCAUACCCUACACACUGCCCUCUCCCACCUGAACCAGAGGAAAGGAAACUACUGUUUGUGGAUUACAGCUCCGCCUUUAACAGCAUCCUCCCCUCAUACUUCUGCAAAAAGCUCCAGAAUCUGGGGCUGAACUCCAUCUGCCACUGGAUUCUGGACUUCCUGACCGGACUGAACACCUGGGGUGGAUGUUAAAUCAUACAUCCUCCACACUCGCCCUCAGCACUGGAGCCCUCUGCUGUGCUCCCUCUACACAGCAUCCUCAGCCCCCUGCUGUGCUCCCUCUACACCAGUGACUGCAUGGCCACACAGAGCUCCAACAAGUUGGUGAAUUUUACCGAUGAUGCAUUGGUGGUAGGCACUAAGAACGACGAGAAGGCCUACUUAGAGGAAGUGGAUGUCCUCUCCACAUGGUGUCAAAAGAGCAGUCUCUCCCUGAAUGUCACCAAGAUUAAGGAGAUGAUUAUUUGGAGGAAGCAGAUGAGUAACUACAGCCCCCUGAUGAUCAACUCGGCCACAGUCUACCAUCUACGAUGCCUGGCCAGGCUCAAGGUCUCCCUCAGGGUGAUGAGGGCUUUCUUCACUGGGACUGUGAGUGUCUUCUCACAGGGAGCAUCACUGCCUGGUUUGGAGGCACCACGGCCCAGGACCAAAAGGCACUGUGCAGAGUAGUGAGGACAGCAGAGAAGGCCAUCGGGACUUCUCUCCCCUGCAUCACAAACAUCUACAACCAAUGAUGCAAGACCAGGGCCACAAGGAUUGUCAAAGACUUUCAUCAACCUAGACACAGUCUCUUCCAGUGUUCCCAUCAGGGAAGUGCUAUCAGGUCACCGAACAGACUCACCGAAACUUGGCAAUUGAAAACUGGAAAAAGACCAGGUGAUUUUUCUUUCUAAUCAUCAACUCUCCAGUUUGGUUGAGUCUGUGCCCAUGAUAGCCUUAGAUUCCCGUUCUUGGCUGACAGGAGUGGAACCCAAUGUGGUCUUCUGCUGUUGUAGCCCAUCAACAUCAAGGUUUGAUGUUUUGUGCAUGCUUAACCAGUCUGGUCAUUUUCCUCUGACCUUUCUUAUCAACAAGGCAUUUCCACCUACAUAACUGUCACUCAAUCAAUGUUUUCUGUUUUUCGCACCACUCUGCCUAAACUCUAGAGACAAUUGUGUGUGUUUAUGAAAUACUCAAACCCAUCUGGCACCAACAAACAUGCCAAGGUUAAAGUAAGAUCACAUUUUUUUCCACAUUCUGAUAUUUGAUGUGAACGUUAACUGAAGCUCUUGCCCUGUAUGUGCAUGAUUUUAUGCAUUGCACUGCUACCACAUGAUUGGCUGAUUAGAUAACUGCAUGAAUGUGAAGAUGUACAGGUGUUCCUAAUAAAGUGGACAGUGAGUGUAUGUAACUAUAUCUGAGAGGACUAGCUUAAUUUAAUGCUACAUAUUAAUUUGCUUUAAUCCAAAUUUCAUUUACAAUAAGUGCUUUAGAUGCAAGAGAUCUAAUAUUUAACAGUCCUAGCUUCAGAUCAAAUCAUGCUGGCUGUGCAUUCAGUAUGAUCUUAUUUCAUGUUAAUUAGGUUACUUACACAAACUUUUUGAGUGUUUCUACAUUUUCUUUUAGCUCGGGGAACAGACACAGUCUCAGUAUGGUGGAACCUGAGUGACAAUUCAAGGCAGCUAGCAGAUGGUCAGUUUAGCCUGCUUGUCUGCUCCCUGGCCUUGGCUCUGGACUUUCACUGAGUAAACAGGCCUGUUCUUUGACGAUGAGCUAUGCUGCAAGAAAUGGGAGCAGCACCUCCCCAAUUGGGAUGGAUAUGGUUCUGCCCUAACAGGCCAGCCUUGCCUUCAAAAUUACUCUAAUUAUUAAAAAAGCCCACAUUGUUUUCUGAACACCACCUGCAUAACUUGGGGUAGACUUCAUCGCCACACCACACUGGGAUGGAGCCAGAGAAUACUACUGCAUUGGACAUCGCAUUCACUAAUUUACAAACCUCUACAAUGUUACUCUUAGUAACUUCUGACUGACAAAAGUGUAUAUCCUUAUCUUCUAUGUGAAUAACCACCUUUGAAAACCUAUACUUGUGUAAGACCCUAAGAUUACCUGCUCUGCCUGGCACCCUGGCUCCCAGCACACAUCUAACUAUCGCUGCUAAUGCCACUGAAGUCCCAGCUAAUUUCAUGUGCCGUAAGUCUCCUAUAAUAGGACCUCUAUCAGGCUUCUCAGCGGAUGCUUCACUGAGGAGAGCAAAUCUGUUGAUGAAGCAUUGAUGGAGUGGUGGUCCCAUUGGUGAGCCUUAGCAAUGGCUUUGUGAUCAUGCCACUUUGUCACCACCUAUUUGCCCCUCUGUGAGGGCUCUAAUUCUGUAUCUGGAUGCGCACCUCUAAUGCUGCAAUUUUCUCGGUCAGAGGGCUAACUAAUAUAGAUUUAUCACAAAUAAAGCUACAGUAUUACUAAGGACUAAACAGCCUACAUUCAACACACUGAACAAGCUGAAAGUUUGCCAUGUUAAAUGUACCUAGGUCAAGAUUAUUUUAGGCAGAGCUGAUCUGGAUGGUCUCCGCUUGCUGUCUUUAGACAAAAAAAUGGGAAUGAGAAUCUGGCAGAAGAAGAAAGUGAAAAACACAAUAAAAGAAAAUGAUAGCACAAAAUUAUUGAUGAAAAAAAUUGUAUAGUUUAAACACUGACAUAGGCAACUCUCAGCAAAUGAUUUGUGAAAAGGAUAAAGAUAGAAAAGGAUAUUGAUAUGGCUACACAGAGUCAUCUUCUCCCUGGAAUUUCAUAUACUCUUUUCCUUUAGUCUGUAUAAAUGCACUUAACUAGUUAAGUUAAAUUAUGUUAGCCUAGGUUUCUGAGCUACCAAACAUGGGACCAAGCAAGCGCACUGGGGCUUUCACCAGUUUUCUGGUGGGCUAGCUAAUGAAUUGGUCAUUAAUUUACCCCUGAUAUACUCUAUAUGGCCAAAAGUAUGUGGACACUUGACCAUCCCCCCCAUAUGAGAGUCUUCCCCAAACUGUUGCCACAAAGUUGGAAGCACACAAUUGUCUACAAUGUUUCUAUAUAUUGUAGCAUUAUAAUUUUCCAUCAACUAAGGGGCCCAAACAUAUUCUAGCAUGACAAUGCCCCUGUGCACAAAGUGAAGUCCGUAAAAAGAUGUUUUGCCAAGGUUGGUGUGGAAGAACUCGAGUGGCCUGCCCAGAGCCCUGACCUCAACCCCACUGAACACCUUUGGGGUGAACUGGAACACUGACUACACAACAGGCCUCCUCGCAUCAGCACCUGACCUCACUAAAGCUCUUGUGGCUGAAUGAGCAAAUCUCCACAGCCACUUUCCAAAAUCUAAUGGAAAGCCUUGUGAGGAGAUUUCUUCAUCCUGACAGGGGCACUUUAAUUACUGCAGUCUAACUGUGACCUCGCUCGGAACAGGAGUCAGAUAGCUACCUGAAUAACACUGGAACACACAGUUGAUCAGUCUAGCUACAACAUGAGGCCUUUUUAGGAAGGAACACGCUUAAGGAACACGCUUAAUUCUAUCCUCACUGCACUGAGAGGAGAUUUCUUUGUCCUAACAGGGGUGAAUUAAUUUAACAUUUACUGCAGUUUAACACUAGGGAAGCAAACCGAGUUAUCACUUUCUAUCUAUUCACACAGCAAGCUGGCUGAAUGCACACACAUUAAAUGCACAUCACACAUUAACACAUUAGUCUGGUCUUUUCUGUCUCUGAUCUAUUAUCCACAAUAACAGAAAAGAUACACACCUGUGACUUGGUCAGUGCUUACAAUUUAGAUUAAACUGCCCGCAUCUUCCACCAAUAUGUAAGGAAAUUAGCUGUUUAGGUUAAGCUGAUGUAUUCUCCACCAAAAUAUGUAGGAGAUUAGCAGAUCAGCUCAGAAGGGGAAAUUUUGUAAAGUUAUUAUUUUAAUAGCUGAUCAACUAUUCGUCUAGCGAUAAGUUGAAAUUAGUGUAUUUAUUAAUUGUGUAUGGGAUAUUACCUCCGUGGCCACCGGCAAUAAUAUCCUAAAUAUAGUGAAACACUAUAUUAAGAGCACAGUAACAAGAUUGGCAGUUUAAGGCAGUAAAUUAUAAGCACAGAGACACAAGACACUUGCCCUUUAAAAAUCAGAUGAGACUUUGUUACUAUUUUAAACACAGAAACUAAUCUAACACAAACACACGAACACAUGCACGCACGCACACACACACACGUAAACAGGGGUGAAAAUGGCUUUGAAAAGAGAGUGAAUGAAAUUCCGAGUUUCUAGCAGUUCUUAGACCAAGACCUGAAUGAACCAUCAACUUAUCAGUUUAAUUUAACAUUCGCUUCGUUUAGAAGGGCUUUAAACUUGUAUUAAAUGCACCAGUUCAGCGAGAAUCUGGAGGUACCAUACUUGCGUUUGUGUUUCCAGGGAUUCCCUCGUUGUGUUGUUGUUUGGAAGAAGUUUCCGGCGAUGUUGAUUGGUCAGCAGUCUGGUUGGCCUUAGGUAGCGUCUCAAAAGACCAAUGGGACUGAUAAACAGAGUGAGUUGCGAACCCGGCGGAGUCUCGUAGGCGGGUUGCAAAACUUUAACGAAUGGUUCACAGCGGUGCGAAGACGAGAGUUGGAGGCUUUGCAGGAACCAGUCUGGAUGCGGAGUCUCGGAGCAAGCGUGAUCUCCUCGUGAUGAACUUGUAAAGCUCUUGGUUGAUGAGACUUCCUUCAGAUGUGGAUGGAGACUCUCUUGAGCUGUUAGUUGAAGAGAACUCCUUGAAAAUGUUGGUAGAGACUCCCCGAAGAUGUUGAUGGACUCUCGCAAAGAUGUGUAGGAUGAGACUCCAAAGAUGUGUUGGAUGAGACUCAGAGUUUCCUUUGUGUCAGGGGGUUUUAACCCUUUCCAGUUGGGCUGACCCCAAAGUGUUUGCUCCAAUCAGCAGUAUCUUGGGGCAGGGUGUAAACUGUAUUUUCCUCCUCUGACACAAAAGGGCCUUUCGCACCACUUUAGUUCCAGAACUAAAUUUACAGUACUAAAGUACUGGGGCGAUUUUGCGCUAUUUCCCAGUACUGUUUAAAGGGUUGCAUUCGCACCGACAGUGGGCAUUAGGAAGUGACGUAUGCCGGUCAACAGCGAUGUCAUUUGUGCACGGCGUUCAACAACAGAAACAAAGAAGAACAAAGUAAACAACCGGAGGAUGGAGGACGCUGUGAUCGGAGCUGUGUUUUUGUUGUGUCUCGCAUCCAUCUAUCGCUGUUCUGCAUACAUAUGUUUACACAGCGUUUUAAAUCAUGGCGGGUGAGGGCGUUUUCGUACACGUUUGGCCAAUCAACAUCUACUUACAUCACGGAUAGUACCAGUUGUGCUGGUUAGACCCUGCUCCGGAGUAGGAGCUAAUUUGGUUCUCGAAAAAGGCAGUCCAGUACUAAAAUCGCACCCAGUUCCGGAGGUGCGAAAACGCCAAAAAGUGGGUAGUUCCACAAUUAGUUCGGGUACUAUGAAAAGGUUCCUUUGGCGCGAAAGGCCCUUAAUUAACAUUCUGGUCUCUGAGUUAUGUGCUUUGCAAACUUGACACAAGGUUAAGUUAGAACUUUGAUCAGGAAUUUUGUAACAUGCAUGUAAUACAUUGUACUCAACUUCACGUUAUACCAACCCUUAGGAAAUUCAAUAGCGAUCACACACAUACCAAACAUGACAUACCUGCUGUUAUUGAUACACUCACGAACACUAUGAUCCCUGUUAAAUGAUCAAAAGCAUCAUAGUGACCUGGUGGCUAUAAGCAUGAUACAUAUAUGGAAUUACAUUAAAAGAGGCAACGAGUUUUCAAACUAUGGUGCAUCAUCUUAAAAGUCAUUGUCCUUACAGGAGAUGUAAAGUAGCCUUAUGUAGUCUGUUAAAGCUGGGUUCUGUGGAAUGUGUGAAAGGUGGUGAACUUUGUGUUCCUGGGGAGAACAAAGGUCUCAUUCCAUGAGGGUCCUUGGUUGAGUCCCAGAGAGAACAUACACAUCGGGUAGCAGGCCUACAUACACAUACACACACACGCACACACACACACGCUGAUCUGAAUAACUACAUGUGAAACUGAAUGGAGGACAGUGUACAUGGCAUUUGGUACAUUAACCAUUCACAGGAUGUUUUUUUUUCUUCUGCAUAUGCUAGAGGAGCUCUCCUCUUGAAAGCCUUAAAAUCUAGCACAGUGCAACAUGUUCUUGCAUGGCUGGAACUGUCAGGUUGAUUGUGUAAUAUCCUCAGAAAGAUCUGCACUAACCACAGCACAAAUCUCUCAAAUCUGAAGAAUACUUAUGUGUAUAAUUCUGACCAAGCUGAAUGUUUUUGAUCAAACAUUACUUUUGUGCUUUAUCAAAAAAGAAAGUAAUAUAAAAGAGUCUGAAUGGAAGGGGAUUGGAAUAAUGCAGUGUAGUGAUUAGUGUUUUAUGGACCUUCUCUCUUGUCCACAGAGAGCUCUUUUGAUCCAUGUCUGUUUGAACUCUCCCCAGCUUUCUGCUCGUAGCUGAAUGUCUAUUAAAAUAUGAAGGCACCAAAUGGGUGCUUGUCUUGUGAAGAAACUAAUAGUCAUUCUUAAUGAGUUGAGAAGGCUUUCUUUUGUUUCCUUUCUUUUCCCACAAAUUUUGAAAUAUAGAAUAAUGCAGGAAUCAUUUGAAGUUCAAUGGGUGCUGCUCACUCAGUUCAGUCAGCUUGACCACUAAGUUCCGAGCUCUAUAGACAGUCAGACAGUGCAGCCAACACAGUUGUUCUAGGAAAUGAUUGUGGGCAAAUUCCAGCAAAGUGAUCUGCCCCUGUUUGGGCAUUUCAGAACACAGAAUUACAUCAUUUUCGACCUCCAUGCAUUUGAGGUGCAAAGUGGAGGAUAAAACAUGGACAACUCCAUGUUCAUCUUUUCUUAGCAACAAGCUAGCCAGCUAACUGUGAUGAGUGAUGUAUACUUUCCUCCUCAAACAAAUAUCUGUAUAGUCAGUGUUAUAAAACAUGUAGUUCUGAUCCACUUAUUUGAUUCAAUAAGCGGUGUUCCAAGAGUGCAUAUAUUUAGUAUACCUGCACUGGGACGUUUCACUGUUUGUAUCACUCUGCUCAUCUGUGUUCACCACAUAAAUUUCCAAUUCUAGCUAUAGUUUGUUGCUACGGUAGAGGUCAUCAUCAGCAGACAUGGCAAACGAUACAUUUUUCAUAAUUGUAACUUUUGACUUUAUAUAUGAAAGCUCAUCCAAUGAAGAUAAAACGGAAGAAGGGAAACCAAUUUCACCAGAUGCACCUUUAACAGGAAUGUACAAAUCAAUGUGAACUAGCUAGCCAACAGGCUAUAAAGUGAGUGUAGCUUCUUCGGGAUCUACACUCACCAUACACUUUUUUUAGGAACCUAUACACCUGCACAUUCAUGCAGUUAUCCAAUCAGCCAAUCAUGUGGCAGUAGCGCAAUACAAAAAAUCAUGCAGUUACAGGUCAAGGGCUUCAGUUAAUUUUCAUAUCAGUAACUCAAAUAAGCACUCUUUACAACAGUGGUGAAAUGCAUCUCAGCAUGCACAAAACAUCAAACCUUGAGGUGGAUGGGCUACAACAGCAGAAGACCACAUUGGGUUCCACACCUGUCAGCCAAGAACAGGAAUUUGAGGCUAUCAUGGGCACAGGUUCAUUGAAAUUGGACAGAUUAGGAAAAAAAAACUGGACAAGAUUAGGGAAAAAAAAUCACAAUUCCAGUCUUCAACUGUCCAUUUUCAGUGAGACUGUGCCCCCUCACAUUCAUGUAGGGCAGAGUAGGACAAACAAUAACAAUAAAAUUCCUGUAUCACUGAUAAUUAAAAUUGUGCAUCUUGGAACCUCAUACUAAAUUAUAGGUAAUGAGCUUUAGUAUCAAAGAUGCAAAUGUGGCUGUUUAUCAGCUUGUUAGUCCUAUAAAUAAAUAAACAGGCACUUUUGCUCUAUUCAAAGAUGCUUGAAUAUAAUCACACAUUUUUAUUACAAAAUUUCAUAUCAACAGUAAAGCACACCCGGUGUGAUUUUAUUCAUCUUUCAUAUUUUAUUCAUCUUUCAAUGUUUUGGUUCUAUGAAAUAAGGCUUUGUCCAUUUAUUCAGAAUGGAAACUUGAGUCACCUAUGUUUAUAAAUAGAGCUUUAAUUAAAUCUGACCUUUGCAAGUACUAAAUAAAUAAGAAUUUACCCCCAAGUAGAGUUGAUCUAAAUACCUGCAGAGGAGGUUGGAAAAAGGUUUAGUUUUUUACCUGAUUUUGACCCUGAAUAUCUUUAUAAAGAAAAACAGAGCAUACCUAUGUACAUCUACAUGAUACCUUUAAAAAUAGAGAAAGAACACUGAAAGACAACCUGCUGUGCCAUCCACUGUUGAAUUUGCAGCUACCCCAGACAUGAGCACAAAACUCAGCUUUACUGAAAUUUUUACCCAUUUACUUCCUCGGAUCUUGAAUAACUAAAUGUAUAUGAGGGUAAAUUGAGGCAUGCCAUAUGCAUAUGACAUGUAAAUAAGGUACUGCUGGGUAGAUGCUUGUGUCCACACAGCUCAAGCUGAUUAAUCAUUUAUUCUCAAAUCACUGCCUACAACUACUUCAUGAAUCAGAUGCCAAUUUGUUCAAACUCCCUUCCAAUGUCUCAUGUUUUCCAAGCAAGCAGUAAAAAGAAAAGAACCUUUUAGGUUUUUCCAGAACAUUUAAGUCAGUGGAGGUUCAGGCUCUUAUUUAGUAAUUGGAGGAAUAUCAAGUUCAAAUCUCUGGCCUUCCAGAGAGCCACUGUUGGGCCCUGAUUAAGCCUCAUAAGCCUCAACUGCUUUGAUCCUCUCUCUUUAUUACACAGAGUGUUGCUUUUGCAAAUGAAUAUUUAACUUUCUAUCAAUAAAUGUGGCCAAGAACUGCCUAUAGGAAGAGGCUUGUUUGACUUACAUUACAAAGAGCCAACCACAUUUACAUACCACUGACUGUUUUUGUAAAACUCUAACUCUUUAAACUUUUAUUUGCUUGUUUAUUUUAUUUAUGACAAUGUUCAAUACUAAAGGUUCUAUACAAAUAAAAAUUUAAUAGAAUUGACCUGAAAAACCUUUAACAGUGGGAUUUAAUUUUUUUUUUUACAACCCAGUGGCUAUACCUUGCCCAUCGUGUCACAUUGUUCAAAAGCCCCCCAAAAAAUCCUGUUUACUAUAGUUUUUUAAAAGCAAUAAGUGUUAAUUUAUUGCAUUACUUCAUGCAAAGCAAUACACUAGUAUUCCCACAUGUGAACAUAACUGAGCUUUUAAACAUGUUGGAUGAUCUGAUAUCCUACAUUAAUACCACAUUAAUUGUACGUAGUAUAGAUGAUAUUAUUUUAGAUACAUGGCUGUUGAGCUGUGCUGUUUGAAAGUGUUUGGAGCAGGUGGUAAAAUAAGUAAAGCAAGUUACAUUUCGGUUAUUUACUGGAAUACCAUGUUAAGAAGGGGUUAUAUAUACAUACACACACACACACACACAUAUACACUGCUCAAAAAAAUGAACACUUUUUAAUCAGAGUAUAGCAUCAAGUCAAUUAAACUCCUGGGAUAUUGAUCUGGUCAGUUAAGUAGCAGAGGAGGAUGUUAAUCAGUUUCAGCUGCUUUGGUGUUAAUGAAAUUAACAACAGGUGCACUAGAUGGGCAACAAUGAGACGACCCCCAAAACAGGAAUGGUUUUACAGGCGGAGGCCACUGACAUUUUUUUCCCUACUCAUCUUUUCUGACUGUUUUUCGUUUGGCUAGGGUCAGUGUCACUACUGGUAGCAUGAGGUGAUACCUGGACCCUACAGAGGUUGCACAGGCAGUCCAACUCCUCCAGGAUAGCACAUCAAAACGUGCCAUUGCCAAAAGGUUUGCUGUGUCUCCCAGCACAGUCUCAAGAGCAUGGAGGAGAUUCCAGGAGACAGGAGAGCUGGACAGGGCCGUAGAAGGUCCUUAACCCAUCAGCAGGACUGGUAUCUGCUCCUUUGUGCAAGGAGGAACAGGAUGAGUACUGCCAGAGCCCUACAAAAUGACCUCCAGCAGGCCACUGGUGUGAAUGUCUCUGACCAAACAAUCAGAAACAGACUUCAUGAGGGUGGCCUGACGGUCCGACAUCCUCUAGUGGACCCUGUGCUUACUGCCCGGCACUGUGGAGCUCGAUUGGCAUUUGCCAUUGAACACCAGAAUUGGCAGGUCCGCCACUGGCGCCCUGUGCUUUUCACAGAUGAGAGCAGGUUCACCCUGAGCACAUGUGACAGAUGUGAAAGGGUCUGGAGAAGAUGUGGAGAACAUUAUGCUGCCUGUAACAUCGUUCAGCAUGACCGGUUUGGUGGUGGGUCAGUGAUGGUCUGGGGAGGCAUAUCCAUGGAGGGACGCACAGAUCUCUAAAGGCUAGGCAAUGGCACCCUGACUGCCAUUAGGUAUCAGGAUGAAAUCCUUGGACCCAUUGUCAGACCCUACGCUGGUGCAGUGGGUCCUGGGUUCCUCCUGGUGCACGACAAUGCCCAGUCUCAUGUGGCGAGAGUAUGCAGGCAGUUCCUGGAGGAUGAAGGAAUUGAUACCAUCGAAUGGCCCCCAGGCUCACCUGACCUAAAUCCAAUAGAACACCUCUGGGACAUUAUGUUUCAGUCCGACGCCGUCAGGUUGCACCUCAGACUGUCCAGGAGCUCAGUGAUGCCCUGGUCCAGAUCUGGGAGGAAAUACCCCAGGACACCAUCCAUCGUCUCAUUAGGAGCAUACCCUGACAUUGUCAGGCAUGCAUACAUGCACGUGGGGGCCAUACAAUCUACUGAGUACCAUUUUGAGUUGCUGCAAUGAAAUUUCAGCAAAACGGACUAGUCUGCUGCAUAAUUUUUUCACUUUGAUUUUCGGAGCGUCUUUGAAUUCAGCCCUCUGUAGGUUGAUAAUUUUCAUUUCCAUCAAACGAUGUGGCAUUCUUUCGUUCCUAACACAUUACCCAUUCCAUAUCAGUGUAGAUAUCCAGCAUGACAAAGUGUUUCUUUAAUUUUUUUGAUAAUUUAUAUAUAUAUUUAUAUAUAUAAAACCCCUUCUUAAGGUGGUGGUUCAAAUAUGAUUAAACAAGAGCCUAGGCUACCGGCAGUUGAGUGGUGAGCUGGCUGGAAUUUGCUGUUUACCAAACAAGACAAAACUUUUAUAAUAAUUUUAUAAUUUAUAAUGUACAUAAACGUAUUACAAAAUGUAAUAAAUGCAACACACUAUGAACAGCCAAACCUCACAUACUUUGGGCCCUAUACCGCUUAGAGUAUAGUGAGUCUCCAAAAUGGUGGAGCACUUCUGUCUCUGUGGAGCGGGAAAAAACCAGGUUACUACUUCUUCCUUCCAUCUCCCUCACGUAACACAAAACAGUACAAUGUAACCUUUAUCAAACUAAAUGCUUGAUUGGCCAGGAGUACUACACCUUUGUUUAAGAAAACAUUACAUUGGUUAUGAAAUAAAAUAUAAAAAUGAAACAAGGCAUUCUGGUUAAUGUAGAUUCAGUGACAUGUAAACAAAAUAAAAUAAGUGCGUUUCAACAUUCUUGGCUUUAUUAUAUCAAAUACACAACACAUUUUAGGGGUCCCUAUACGCUCCCCCCAACAAAAAUCAAGUAUGCCCCCAUGCUGGUCAGGAUAAACACUACCCAACACUUAAAUGGAGUCCAUUGGUUUAAAGUACAGCUCUACUACUACACACAUUACACAAUGCUCUAGCAUUGCACCACCCAGCAUGCAAACUGUUAUAGCCACCAGAAAGAUACAGUGUGUCUGUAGCUACAAUAUUAACACUACAGCACCUGGAUAUAUACAGAUUCAAUAUGUGGCAAUCCCAGUGUAUCAUGGGUAAAUCUGGUAUUAGGCUUUCUGUCCCUGCUUGUUCUGUGCACCAUAGGAGGCACUACAUCUAUCUGAACUUCAAGACCCUCAUCAGCAGUAGCAGUAGUCUGAAAGGUACUUUCCUGACUUACAGCCAUUACAUUAUCAGUUACUUCAGCACUUCAGUCAUCGACAACCUCAGGUUGGACACCAGAAAGUUCACUCUGAAAUGGAACUGUUGGAACCUCUGAACAGUGUGAGAAUCAUGGGACUCUGCAGAUUCUACCUCCAUUAUAGGAGGUGCACUCUGUGACUCCUCUGUCACUUGAGGAGAAACCUUCACCACAAUAACAGCAUAACAACCAAACUCAGACUCAGAAUAUGAAGAAUUACAUUCUCUUUGAGAGGUGUCAGAUAAAAGUUGUGAAGUCUCUAACUCAACAGUCUUGUGCUUCUCCUUUCUACGCCCCAGGUGUGAAGUCUCUAACUCAACAAUCCAGGUGCUUCUCCUUUCUACGCCCCAGAGUUCUAGGUGAAGGAAUAGGUCUGGUGUCUACUUGGGGACGCAACCUGACUGCCUGUCCCAAAGGCACUAUAUGAUACAAAUGACACUGCCUGGCCAACCACCACCAACAGGCCUCAAACGUUACAUCGGAAUAUCUGGCAAUUGACUUUCCACAUCAUAGGGGUUAGCACUCCACCUAUCCGCAAACUUUUGUUUUCGCUUUAAACCAAGGUUCCGAAUCAAAACUCUAUCUCCAGAGUUUAAACUAUGGUAGUGGACUUUCUGAUCAUACCUCUCUUUAUUACUCUGAUUCAUCUUUACAGCAGUGGCUUGAGCUAACUGAUAAGCUGCUUGUAAUUUCUGCCUCAUUUUUGACACAUACUUCAAGUAUGACAGAUUAGGUAUCAUCAGUAGAAACACCAAAACACACAUCAACAGGUAAUCUGACCUCCCUACCAACAUAAGAAAAUAUGGUGAAUCACCAGUAGCCUCGUUGGAGGUACAAUUGUAUGCAUGAACUAGAUGCACUAUGUGCUGACUCCACUUACAUUUCUGACUAGGCUCAAGGGUACCCAGCAUGUCCAACAGUCAUGCUACACCACUCCUGUGCACGCAUCAUUUCUCUGGGCAGCUUGGAGCUCACUUAGAAUAAGCACAGGUGACUGGUCUGCAACUAAUGCAGUAGCAUGAGAGUAGGCCUUAGGAACAGCAGACACGUAUUUCUAUCUGUUGUACUGCACAUGGAUAAGAUAUAUAAUCCGCUCUUUCCUCUGCAGGCAGAGCACAGCUAGAUCUUCAGCUGGUUGGGUAUGUGGACGUGUGGACAAUGCAUCAGCAUCAGUGUUCUUUCCAUCUGGCCUGUAUUUCAGACUGAAGUCAAGGCUGACAACCAACAGUGACCAGAGGAAAUUGGUUUUGCUGACUUCAAAAACUUCGGGCGUAGCCCUUCAUCAUGCUCUUGAUACAAAACACCUCCAAGUCCAUCCAGGCUUGCGUCCACAUAGACAUAGGGUUUUUGUACAUCUGCAAAGGCUAACACCGGAGCCUGAGUCAAACAAGUCUUGAGGGUUUGAAAGGCAAUAUCACACUGGGUAGUCCGUUGAGACCCAAAAAGUUCAGAGGACUUGGUGUUGCUCACAGUGCUGCUGAGAGAGGAGGUCACUCAGCUGAAGGAGGAGGUGCAACUGCUCAGGCAGAUGAAGGAAAUGUUAAAUAAGGACCUUCAGGAGACGCAGGGCUGCUCGGCCAAUGCGCUGUCCGCUACUGAGCUCCGCAUACGGCUGGCAGAGAAAGAACGUGAGCUGGACCGUGUCAAAGAGGCCUUACAAGCUAUGAAAUGCGACCGUACUAGGUUAAAGGCAGAGAAGGCUGACUUAGUGAACCAGAUGCAGCAGCUAUACACUACAUUAGAGAGCCGAGAGGAACAGCUCCGAGACUUUAUCAGGAACUACGACCAGCACAGAAAGGAGAGCGAAGAUGCGGUGAAGUCUCUGGCGAAGGAGAAGGACCUGCUGGAGAGGGAGAAGUGGGACCUGCGCAGACAGACCAAAGAGGCCACAGAGCACGCUGGCCUCCUGCGCUCACAGAUUGACUUGAAGGAGAACAGAAUUAAAGAGCUGGAAGCUGAGCUAACCAUGGCCAAACAGUCUCUGGCCACCCUCACUAAAGAUGUUCCAAAACGCCACUCAGUGGCCAUGCCGUCAGAGCCGGUGGUGAAUGGUAGUCAGGAGUGGGUGAUGCAGGCUGAGCUUCCUCUCACUGCAGCCAUCAGACAGAGCCAGCAGACCCUGUACCAUUGUCACUCUGCAGACAGACAAGCUGCAUUGCGAAUCAGCCCAUGUCACUCACGCCAGCCGUCCAUCCUCUCAGACUCAUCAGCAGCUGAUGGUGAUCGCUCAUCUACACCCAGUGACAUGAAUUCUCCUCGCCACCGGACUCACUCCCUCUGCAAUUCCAUGGAGGACCUCGAGGACCAGAAGCGUAAGAAGAAGAAGGAGAAGAUGAGCCUGGGCUCACUCUCUCGAGUGUUUGCCCGGGGAAAAUCCCAGCGCAAGUCUCUGGACCCUGGCCUCUUUGAUGGUACUUCCACCCCAGAUUAUUAUAUUGAGGAGGAUGCCGACUGGUGAUUGAACUUGUGCGUGUGUGUGCAUGUUUGAGCAUGUAUGUGAGUAGGACUUUGAGUUCAUGGGUCUGUGUGUGUGUGUUCUAUAUUUGCUCAAAACCACAAGAAAGAGAAAGACCUGCUGCCUCAUUGAAGUGUACAUAAUGCACUUAAGAUAUUGUAUGUAAGUGAAAUAUAUAUUUAUAUAUGUAGGCAUAUGUAUAUAUGUUUACAUGCACACAGUAUAAUUUAUACAGUACUGUGCAAGUCUUAGGCACCCUAGAUUAUUUAGAUACAUUUUGUAUAAGAUGUUUAUUUUAUGUCUUCUGCAUUACUUUGUCAAUAAAUAGGAGCAAAUUUUAGGUUUCCAAUUAUUCAAUUUCCAAAACAAAAAAUUUUUACAAAGAAAUGUAUGUAUACCAUUAAAGAAAGUAGCAAAUUAAGUAAUAGUCCAUUUUUAAAAUAAAAAUGUUGCAAAGCCUGUCUGGUAUUACCUGCAUUAACAGAAGCAAACGAAACAGCCAAAGUGUCCAGAAUAACUGUGGCAGGUUUUUCAAGAUUCUUGGGAAAAAAUUACCAGCCUUUUUCCUUAUAAAACUGCAUGACAGUGUACAUAAAAGAACUGAUGCAGUUUUAAAGGCAGAGGGUGGUCAAGCUAAAUAUUGAUUUGGGUUGGUUUAAAAAACCAAUCAAUAUUUACUGUUUCCUUUAAUAGUAAACAGUAAAAGAACAUCCUUUAGAGUACAUUUUUAUAUAGAAAUGAUUCAUUUAAUUUUAGGCAUCGUUGCUUUAUAAAGUUUAUGUGCCUUUUGUACAGUACUGUGUAUUAUACUUUAUAGGCUCAUUAGCGUGUGAAUUUGUUGUGGUAAUGUAUGUCUCUUUUUAUAAACUGGACACUUGAAUUACUGAUGUGCUGUUUCUGACAGUUUUUGUGCACCUUAUAUUUGUUUUACAUCUGUCCUGAAUUCCUUGUUUCAUUUUUGUUGUUUUAUUUUUAAUUAUUUGCAAUUUAAAUUUCCUGUUAUUAGAUACUCUAUGGUCCACAUCCAUGCCAUCAUCGGCACUCUUUCCAAAAUUGGCUGUUUACUUAUCAUUUAUUUAUCAUUUAUUAUUACACAAAUCAAUGAUUUCUGACUCUGUGUAUACCUGUAGAGUUGCUAUUAAAUUAUCAAUAUCAUAUAAAAAACUCAUGGAAUAAACCUAGAAAUUAAACUGGACAGCACUCCUUUCGGGGAUGGAGGGGAGGUCAGUGCUAUGCUGAACAUCAGGGUGGAUCAGACUGUCAGUGUGUAACUGUGUGGAGUACACACUACACUACAGCUGUAAUUUUAAACUAUUUAUUAGAGUAAUAAGCUUUUUCUAGUUCUACUUACUAUAACAUUGUCACUCAAACCCAAGAAAAUAUUGAAAAUGCCUUAAUUAGGUAUUAUGUUUGGAUUCAAGAGCUCAAAUGGAAUAUAUAUAUAUAUAUAUAUAUAUUUGAGGUUUAUAUAUAUAAACCUCAAAUGAGUGCCAGAAGUUUCAAACUAAGGGAGUAUUGCCAUGUUCAACUUGUAUAGGACUGCUUUUACAAACAGAUCUACUAAAAAUAACCUGCAAAAAAAAUAAUCUGCAUUGUUUUCAUUACUUACAUCUAAUUUAUUUAGUAAUGAAACCAGUGACACCAUGCUUCUCUCAUCUUUGACAUAUCAAGUGUUUUUCUUUAAGGUUUUCUUUAAGCACUCCUCAUGUUGUUCUAAUGAGUUUUUAAGUUGUAAAGUUUGUAAUGUACAGUAUAUCUGACACAAGAGUAAAUCUAUUAAAGAUGUUUAUUUAAAGAGUAGGAACAAGGUUAUUUAAGUGAAACAAGACUACCGGUAAUUUCACAGACAAAUAAAAAGGUUUUAACAUUGUGGAAACAAAAAUUAUUAAAACAAUAUCAAAAAUAAAAGCUUAUUUUAAAAUAAAACAUAACCUGACAUUCA